ACAGAGACGUCCCAAUCCACACCACCUCUCUCCCCGUCCACACCUCCAUCGUCCCACCUAGGUUUCGCUCCCCGUCCUCCUCCUCCGCCGCCGCCGCCGCCAUGAUGCCGCAGCAGCAGCCCGGCGUGGCCCCGCCUCCACCCCAGGCCGCUCCCGGCGCGCCGCCGCACUGGGGAGGCAUCCCGCCGCCCAUGGCGCCUCAGCAUCAGUACGGGCCACCACCCCCGACCCAGCAGGCCCCACCCCCGCCGCAGAUGUGGGGCCAGGCGCCUCCGCCCCCGACCCAGGCCGCGUACGGCCAGGCGCCCCCGCCGCCCCAGGCUGCGUACGGCCAGGCGCCCCCGCCGCCCCAGGCCGCGUACGGCCAGCCGCCUCCCCAGCCACAGGCCGCCUACUACGGGGCGCCACCAGCGCCGGCGCCCGCGGCGAUGGCCGCGGCGCCUACUGGGCCCAGCGAGGUCAGGACGCUCUGGAUCGGGGAUCUGCAGUACUGGAUGGAUGAGAAUUACGUCUACGGGUGCUUCGCAUCCACGGGGGAGGUGCAAAAUGUGAAGCUAAUUCGUGACAAGCAUACUGGACAACUUCAGGGCUAUGGUUUUAUUGAAUUCAUAAGCCGUGCUGCUGCUGAAAGAGUUCUUCAGACUUACAAUGGGACAAUGAUGCCAAAUGUUGAGUUGCCAUUCCGGUUAAAUUGGGCCAGUGCUGGUGAAAAACGUGAUGACACCCCUGACUAUACAAUAUUUGUUGGUGACUUGGCUGCUGAUGUUACAGACUACGUAUUACAAGAGACAUUUAGGGCACAUUACCCUUCUGUGAAAGGUGCAAAAGUUGUAACAGACAAGCUGACAAUGCGCUCAAAGGGUUAUGGCUUUGUGAAAUUUGGUGAUCCUAAUGAGCAAGCUCGUGCAAUGACUGAGAUGAAUGGGAUGCUAUGUUCUUCUAGGCCUAUGCGUAUUGGACCCGCUGCUAACAAGAAAGCUACUGGUGUUCAAGAGAAAGUACCAAGUGCUCAGGGAGUUCAGUCUGACAAUGAUCCUAACAAUACAACCAUUUUUGUUGGUGGUCUUGAUCCCAAUGUCACUGAAGAUAUGUUGAAACAAGUUUUCACCCCUUGUGGGGAAGUGGUCCAUGUUAAGAUCCCUGUUGGCAAGAGAUGUGGUUUUGUUCAAUAUGCUAACAGAUCUUCUGCAGAGGAGGCCUUGGUAAUUCUGCAAGGCACCUUGGUUGGAGGGCAGAAUGUGAGGCUUUCAUGGGGUCGCAGCCCUUCAAACAAACAAGUUCAGCCUCAACAGGACUCCAACCAGUGGGCUGGAGCUAAUGCUGGAUAUUAUGGAUAUGGUCAAGGCUACGAGGCCUAUGGGUAUCCCCAGUCUCAGGACCCUAAUAUGUAUAGUUAUGGAGCUGGAGCUUAUGCUGGCUAUCCAAAUUACCAACAGCAACCAGUAGCGCAGCAACCACAGCAGCAACAGUGAGAUCCAAUGAGGCUACUGUCAUUUGAGUGCGGCGAUUGAUGUGGGCAUAUUUAUGAGUUGUAAGAUGGGCUUCGGAUGCAAGCCUGGAUUAGGUAUACAGACAUGAUUUGUAGUACUCAGAUUCUGAGCACCUUGUAUCACUGAGCUUAUGGUUCUAUAUUGGUUACUGAAUGUUUUAUUCGCCUUUGCUUAUGUUGUACCGUGUCUUCCGUUACUCCAAAAUCUUGACACUUACUAUGUUGGGAUUUUUUUUGAGUAUUAUUGCAUGGAUGUCUAGUCCUGUGUGCAUCCGA